CCUAAAUUCAAAGUAAAUUGAAAUGAGAAGAAGAUGGAGAUAAGAUCACCCCCGUCGGUGGUGAUAUAUCCGCUGACUAAUCCUGUCACGUGACUGGAGUGGAAAUGUCUCAGCGCUCGGCAUCGACGUUCGCGUCCUCAAUUUUAUCAGAUAACUCCCGGCAAGCCCCACUCUCACUCAAACCAUCAUGCUGUCGAGAAUUUCACGGACGACAUCACGCAGAGCGGUGACAGCGAAGGCAUCCAGCUCGGUAAUGUCCGGCCGUCGAGGGCUUGUGCACCCGUCUGGUGCGGACAGAGCAAGCGUCGUCGACCUGCCUUCGACGUACCAACAUGAAACGCAUUUUACGCCGCGAUCCGAUAUGCUUGGGUUCAAGUUGGAGAUGCCUCGUCGGGAGGGCUCGGUUCAUGAGAAAAUUCGGCCAAUUUAUUUGGACUUGCAGGCGACGACCCCACUUGAUCCCCGGGUGCUGGAUGCCAUGCUUCCUUACAUGACGGAUCAGUAUGGCAAUCCACAUAGUCGGACGCAUGCUUACGGGUGGGAAGCUGAACAAGCGGUGGAGGAUGCACGAAAGCACGUCGCGGAUCUCAUUGGAGCUGACGCCAAGGACAUUGUUUUUACGUCCGGGGCAACUGAAACGAACAACAUGGCAAUCAAAGGUGUCGCACGGUUUCACAAAGAAAAGAAAAGACAUAUUAUCACAACCCAAACCGAGCACAAAUGUGUAUUGGACUCGUGCCGGAAACUUUCAGAAGAAGGUUUUGAUGUGACAUAUUUGCCCGUGAAGAACAACGGCGUCGUUGAUCUGGAUGUACUUGAGGCCGCCAUUCGACCCGAUACCUCUCUCGUUUCGAUCAUGACGGUGAACAACGAGACUGGAGUUAUUCAGCCAAUCAGAGAAAUUGGCGCCCUGCUUCGAAAGCACAGAGGAGUCUACUUUCACACCGACGCCGCUCAGGCCGCUGGAAAAAUAAACUUGGACGUUAACGAAAUGAACGUCGACCUGAUGAGUAUCUCUGGUCAUAAGAUCUACGGACCGAAGGGCAUAGGUGCUGCGUAUGUCAGGAGACGGCCAAGGGUUAGACUUGAGCCUAUUUUGAGUGGAGGAGGUCAGGAACGUGGUUUGCGCAGCGGAACCCUGGCACCACCGCUGGUUGUCGGUUUGGGAGAAGCUGCAAGAAUAGCAAAACAAGAGAUGGCGAGGGAUUAUGCACAUGUAAAAGAGCUAUCCGACCGGUUGAUACGAACCAUCAAUUCUCAGGUGGAGCGCGUUGUUCGAAAUGGUGACGUGGACGGCUACCCGGGCUGCGUGAACCUUAGUUUCUCGUAUGUUGAAGGAGAAUCUCUCCUCAUGGCGUUGAAGGACAUUGCGCUAUCAUCGGGUAGUGCUUGCACAUCAGCAUCUUUGGAACCGUCAUAUGUCUUGCGAGCCCUAGGUGCGGCUGAGGACAUGGCACACUCUUCAUUGCGAUUUGGUAUUGGUCGGUUUACCACAGAGGCAGAGAUUGAUUUUGUUGUGCGGCAUCUUGUUAGCACUGUCAACAAAUUGCGAGAAAUGAGCCCGCUGUGGGAAAUGGUUCAAGAGGGUAUUGACAUUAACUCGAUUGACUGGUCGCAGCACUGAUUUCAUGGGUCGAUAUUUACACGUCUGUUCUUCGUAGUUGGUCAUAAUUACUUGUAUUUUUUACGGAAGUAUUUUUUACUGUCGUCAUCGAUAAAUCAAAUUAGCAAGGGCACGGACCAGCUCCUUCGCACUCCGCA